AUGUCACUUCAUUGCCGAUUAGGUAUGAAAGACAUUUUACGUCGGAUACAUACAACAUUUCUCAAAGUUAUAUUGUUUCCGAGUACUAUUAGAAAAAAUGUACGACGUCCUUCAGCUUCGGAAGUUUUAACAUGUCACCUUGCGCAACGCAAACUACCUCCCUGGACUUCCUUCUGUGUGCGCUACAGUUCCGUCUCAAAUGACCAGUUCGGACUGUCCAACUUCAACUGGCCCGUUCAUGGAACCAAUUACCAAAUACUGAGAACUGGAUGUUUCCCUUUCAUUAAGUAUCACUGCACUAAAGCACCUCUAGAGAACCUGGACUUUGAGGAUAGGUUCUUCACCAUGUUGAAAGUGAUCAAUCUAGGUAUCCCAUGCUUAGCCUAUGGCUUAGGCUGCUGGAUGGUGGCAGGAGUUACAGAAACCGUACAGACUAGCUCUGGACCCGUCACUGUUUAUUUUGCAUACAAAGAAGAUGAAGGAGCACAAUUCUGAACAGACCUAACACAAACAAUUUCCUGUCGAAUUAAUAGCAGAAAUGCCCUAAAAUAUUUACUGUAGUUCAGUUCUGAAGUAAUUUAUCAAACCUCACUCUGAGGUAAUCUGUCAAUGAAUAUCAUUAAAGUGUCUUUAAGAUCA